UGGCUGCCUUCCUCCUCGCCUAGAUAGAACCCUAGGGCCACCGGAACCCCCAAUGGCGACGGCGACGGCGACGGCGGCGGCCGCUCCGGCGGCGGUGCCCGCGCUCGUGUCCCCCUUGUCCCGCCGCGCCCUCUUCCCGCUUCCUCGACGCGCCGGCCCCGGGCCCCUUCGGUUCUUCGCGUCGGCGGCGAGGCACCGUGGCUUGGUUGUUGUGGCGGCUGAUGCGGCGGCUGCGGCGGCAGGGGGCGCGGAGUUCAGCGACGAGGAGAACCCCUACGAGAUUUUGGGUAUUACUCCGCUUGAUAGCUUCGACCACCUGAAGCUGGCCUACAAGAGGAAGCACAAGGAAGCGGAGGAGACUGGCGAUGAGUACUACUUGGCUAAGUUGGAGAAGGCAUACGACACUGUGAUGAUGCAGCAACUGCAAUACAGGAAGAAAGGGGUAACAUACGGUUCUGUUCAGGUGUCAAAGGAUAUCAAGUAUGCUGAUGAUCAGCCAAUAGUUCCUUGGGGACCUAGACCAUCCAAAUCAACAGUGAAGGACAUGCGCAUCAACUUAGGGAUAUCAGCAGCAAUUGUUGUUUGGAUAGGUAUAAUGGCCAAUGCGGACUGGAAGCCCUUGCAGUUCUUAUGUUUUGCUUUCUUCUACAGAAUACUUCAAAAGUUAAGGGCUACUGAACCACCAAUAACACCAAUAUAUAAUGAGUAUGGUGAGGUUGAAGGACGUGGAAUACGAAUGGCAAAACGAGUAGUCCGUGCUUUGGGUUUGAUAUUUGGAUGUGUAUUUGCUGCAUCAUUGGGUUAUACAGCAGCUGUUAACGUGAUUGAGUUUGCAUGGCAGUACACUCCACGUAUUGUUUAUUACUAUCAGGAGUUGAUUGUUACAGCAGCUACCUCUGUUCUGCUGUACAUCACCGCCUCAUACUACCGGUAAACAGACGACAGGGAAUUACUGCCUGGUUUAGCCUUGAGAUGUUAGGAUGAGCUUCGUUUCGGUGAGCGGCACAAUUGUGGGUAGUUACCCGAGAAAAGUCAAGAGCUCACAAAUUUUGAAGUAUAACUUUGGACCGGCUUUUUUUUAAAAGAUACAAUGUAGUAUGCGCUUGUAUUCGCACAGUUCUGAACCUCCUCGCUAGGCGUAAAAUGAUAGCUGAUUGAAAAAAGAAAAUCAUCAGUGUGCAUAUUUUAACAUAAAUGUAAUGUACUAUGAGAUUAUAUCAGAUUUCGACAUUUUCCUUUUUAAAAAAAUUGAAGGGGCGGGGGGUGUCUGAUCCUUGUUAAAAUUUGGUGAGUAUUUUCAGGCUUCCGCGCUAUGCUUGCGUUGUGUUUUGCGCCCAUCAUAGAUACAUAUGAUUUAGAUUGAGCUGCAUAUGUGAUUGCCAUGUGUCAAACAUUCUUUUCAUACACGUAAUAUUAUCUUA